AUGCCAGAAGUGCCUUUUAAAGUAAAGGCUCUCUUCGAGUACAAGUCGGAGCAUGAGGACGACUUGAACUUUUCCCCAGGCCAGAUUAUUACCGUCACCGAGAUCGAGGAUGACGAUUGGUACUCAGGAACUUAUGGUUCAAAUAGCGGGAUGUUUCCCAAGAACUUUGUAGAAGUCGUCAGAGCAGAGCCCUCUGUUCCUGUUGUACCUAAACAUCCCGAGCCGGCUAGUGCUCCUGCUCCUGCCGAACCCCACGAGCCCAAGCCAGCUCCUGCUCAAGAGCCAAUUGAGCAGCCCAAAGCAGGGAUAGUUGAGGAAAUGCCAAAAGUACCCAAGCCAGCGAUAUUUCCGGGACCAAAACUGCAAAGAGACGACCCCUAUGCUGUGAAGAAACAGUUUGCCGGCGCAGGCAAGUCUUCCUACGUGCCCCCUGUUAAGCCAAGAGAUCAGUCCAAUCUUGUCGGGCAUGUUCACCACGAUGUGCCUAAGGAUACAGAGAUUGUGAGAGAGCAUGAUUCACGCCCAGAAGAGGAGGAAUCGAACAUGCCAAAAAUGAGCUUAAAAGAUCGUAUUGCCAUGAUCCAGAAGCAACAGCAGGAAGAAGCGGAAAAAGAGGCAGCUGCAUUAAAGCGUAAAGAAGAACGUAAAAAGAAGAUGGAGGAAGAGAAGGAGCGCUUGAAGCACCAGAAAGAGUCGCAGGCUUCUCUUUCUGCAACUAGUACAGGUGCCUCUUUAGACCCCGAGCAUCACGAGAACGAUCUUACUGAAAAUACUUUAGACGCUCAUAACACUGGCUCAGCUCUGUAUAAAUCAUUAGGUGGAGCGGAUGACGUCGACGACAGAGAGGAAGAGGAACAAGAGGAGCGACCUGACGAAGACGGUGAAGAGGACGAAGAGGAAGAGGAGGACGAGGAGGAGCUCAAGAGACGUCGUCUAGUCGAGCGUAUGGCUAAAAUCUCUGGUGGUCGUAAUAUGUUUGGCAUGAUGGGUAUGGCUACACCAUUCGGUGCCCCUGCCCCAAAAACAGGUAAAGUCAAGAAAACGAAGUCUGAAGUACAGAAUGAACAGGAAGAACCAGAGAGCUUCACUCAACCUUUGCAGUCAAGGCUGACUGGCGAUUCUGUACCACAAACAGCUUCCUCUGUACCGCACGCCAUUCCGAUCCCUGGCAUGUCGCAGCCUGGUGCCCUUCCGGUGAAGGUUGGAGACGAAGAAGAAGACUCACAGACUGAAGUCCCAGUUGCAGCCACUAAGCCUUCCAGGGAAGACUCUUCUAUUGCCGAAUCUGAUUACACAGAUGAACAAAACGUGGCUCCUAGAGUUGAUACCCGUGGUUUCGAGCAAAUUGAUGAGAACAAACCGAAAUCUCCAACUUUAGAGCUGUCUGAGAGCGAACCAGAAAAUAUAGAGAGAGAAGACAACAUGGAUCUUGGUCCAAGGUCCACUUUAGAUGGAGAAGUUACCGGGUAUGAGGCAGAUGAGGAUGUUUCGGAUCGCGGCGCUGUUCCUAGAAAUGAUCUCUUAGACAGUGACGUACCAAGCGCUCCGGCCGUACCCACUGCGGUACCUCCAGUCCCCGAGCACUUGCCUCCACGUGAGCCUAAGUCGGUUCCAGCUCCGCAAGUCCCUGCUCCACAGCCGCCUGUUCAACCACCUCCGCCACACACAAGAGCUCCUCCGCUAAUUCCAGGCGCUCCCCCUGUGCCAGGGCAUGAUACUAGGGCACCACCUCCACCUCCACCAGAUGCUCCUAGAGCUCCGCCUCCAAUCCCAACCGAAGCUCCUCUUCCUCCAGUGAAUCGUUCAAAUGCCUCCGAGCCACAAGACCUUCCACGCCCGCCACCAACACCUAAGGAUGCCCUGAUAACUCCGACCUCGAAGGCUCCUCCACCAGUCCCAACUGGACCUCCUCCAAAACAAGACCAAGCCGAAGCUUUUGAGGACUCUUCUGACGAGGAAAGCGAGCUCAGAAACGUGCCAUCCGGUCACCUUGGUGGAACACCGGAUAGAUCAAAGACAUUUGCACACCCACCCCCUGUACCCCAGGUGCCCGUCUCUAGAGCGAAUACCGUUGAUUCUAUUAGACGCACAUCUACAGAUUUGCAGCACAAGAGAAGAUCAUCAGAUUUGACCCGCACCAAGUCCUUGGGUAAGGCCGAGCAAUUGCAGGCUGACUCAUUUUUACCAGUUCUUCAAGACGAGCUUCGAGAUGUAAGCGAAAGCUCGGGUUGGUGGAUCAAGGACGCAGUUCCCGACUGUUUAGAUGCUCAUGUUGGCAUAGACUUCAUUUUCGAAGUCGACCGUCACAAAUUAACUAAGAGAGGAAACAGAGAAGUGAUUGUCAAAGAUUACUAUAUCUUGUUCCAUGACUUAUCGCAGAUUGUUCUCGAGCUUCAGUACGACAGUGAUGAUCCAAGAACUACGCUUAGCGUCAGCAAUGCCUAUGUGAAACCACCGGUGGUUAGCAGAAGGGAUUUACUUGACCGAUACCAUGCUCAGUAUGGUGCUGCUGUGGUCGAUGUGGCGCAAAGUCUUGUGCAUGCGCGAGUGACUAAUGGUUUUGUAAAUGCGGUUUUCAACCAAGUCAACAAGUCCAAUGGGGGCGGGUUGCUCCCACCUAUUGGCAGCAAAUCUUAUGGUGUUACUGUGUACAAGAAUCAAAACGGUUCUACUUCAAAGAACGACGAGGUGAAGCCUGGUGAUAUUUUGUGCAUGAAGAACGCCAAAUUUACUGUCCAUGGCCUUGGUGGACUUAGCAGCAAGUCAGUUGUUUACGGCGACGGCAAUCAAAUCUACAGUGGAGUGGUUAUUGAGGUGGACCACAAAAAAGAAAAGCUCAAGGUACUUGAAUCUGACGAUUCUGGUAACGUGAAAAAGGACUCCAUAAAGCUCAAUGACCUAAAGUCUGGUAGAUUGCGGGUAUUCCGUAUAGUCGACAGGCAAUUCAUUGGUUGGUGA